AUGGACUGGUACGCCCAGCCACAGGACGGCGGCGCGAGUUUCGGCGCGUCUCGCUCCAUGCCGCCACGUCAGUACGUAGCCACAACGACUCCUGCUGAAGCUGUUCCCGAACCUCUAAAUCGCUCUCCACGUUCGUUGACCCUUCCGAAGCACCCGCCGAACCAGCGGUACCGGCAACUACCCGAGCCUGGUAGCGACGCUCGGCCCUAUAGCGAUCAGCACAUUCCCCUUUCCGCCGACGCCCCCGGUAAGCGCGAGCGCGCCAACCGCGCUCUCCGCAAGGGUAUCUCCGCCUCGUCCGCGGAACUAGACCCGCCGAGUUUUGUGCGCCAUCGAAAUGACGACUCAAGGCGGUGUGACAAUACCGGUGGUGAGUACAACGAGCUCACGGAAUAUCUUUUUGGAGAGGAGAGGCUUGGAGCUGGCGCGUGGGUGUCUGGCGGCGAUGGGUUCGAGCGCGGAACUGGCGGCGGGAUUGGCGGCGGGACUGGCGGCGUUGCGGGUGGCGGUGCUGGUGGCAGCGGUAGAUUCGACGACGCGAUAAGAGACGAUCCGGGACGAGGGGUCUCUAGUGCUCGGCAUUCUAUGCCCAAAUCUCCGUCUGCGCGCCGUGCCGGCGACAAUAACCAGCCAGCCGUCAACCGCCGGCAGGGUUGGCGGAGAGGCAGUGACGGGCUGUCAGGUUGGGCGGAGAAUCCCGAGGAUGUGCCCGAGCCUAUGCCCAUAGUUCGGCGCCAUACCACGGGCAUGGGCGGGAUGGCAGUUUCGCACGGGGAGAGGGGGAAGGGCGGGGAGGGUGCUGGGGAAGAUGGGCAGUGGCGGAGCGGGAAUCAGGGGGAGAGGGCGGAGCGGGCGCACGGAGUGCUCCUGCAGCGGCGAUCGAAAACGGGCCCUGAUUAUCCCAGAAGUCACACGCUGGUUACCGCGGGGAAUACGGCGGGAAACGUGGCAGCAGGGGCUUCGUGGGGAGGCGCCGCGGGACACGGCGAGAGCUUCGGCGGCUUCGGCGGGGGGUUCAGAAGCGCGGGCGGCGCGCCGAAGUCGUCCUCGGGCGGAUCGGUGCAAAGCGGUGCCAGUGAGGGGCAGACGGCGGUGGGGGGGGAGCAGCAGAGAGCCGCGGGAGGUAGCGGGGGACUGGCGGUCGCGGGAGGCGGGAACAGCGGGGGGAGGGAAGGCGCAGGCGGAGUCGCGGGGAUUGUCGGACCCCGCGGGGUGCGCGCGGGGAGCAUAGGCAUCAUGUCUCCGCGCCUGCUGAGAUUCCUAGUGGACGAAGAGAACCCCGCAGGCCCGAACCCUAGCGGGGGGUUCGACGACGGAAGGAGGCGCGGCGGAGACGCGCGGAAGGCAAAAGGGCGGGGGAAGGACGCGGGGACGGGGAAAGGGGAUGCCGGCGGAGCAGGGGGAAGGGGAAGCAGGGAGCGGGAGAGGGAGGGAGGGGGGCAAGUUGGGAGACGGAAUGAGAGUCUCAGGCAUCAGGGGACAGGAGGCGGGGUGACCGCCAGGGCUGCUGCGGCGGCGGCGGCAAUGGGGGGAAGCACCGGUGAGGGGGGGCGGAGAUCCCCCAGAGCGGACGCCGCCUUGUACUUCCCCAAAUCGCGCAGCGUCGCUGUGCCAAAAUCCCCGCUUUCCGCGGCGCCGCGCGUUGUUCCUUCCCCCCUCACGCCCCAGCCCGCGCUUCCCCCGGUUUCUCCCUCCUGGCACCGCUUCCCCAAGUCCGCCUCCUCCUCCGCGCGCGCCUUAGCGCGUCCCGCCAAUGCUUCCCCCACCGCUGCCGGCCCAGCCCUAUCGCCUCACUCUAGCACCACCAGCUCCUAUCCUCCUAGUAAUUCUUUCUCCCUUCUCCCCUCCUCUGGCGGCUCCACCGGUUCCUCCUCAGGGGGCGCAGAAGGCGGGGGAGAUUUGGCUGCUGGUGGUGCUGGCGCUGGUGGUGCGGGUUCGUUCCCCGCCUACCCUACCUCUUCGUCGUUCUCGUUUGACUCCCACCAGGCCUCCAACAGCGGAAAGUUUCGCCGCCCCGCUGCCCUGGAUCUCGGGCAGCUCUCGCCAACCAAUCAGCAGGAACCAGAGGACGCGGAGGAAGACGACGGGCAGGAAAUUAUGGUUCGAUUGGGAGAUGAGGAAGAGGAGGAGGUGGAAGAGGAGGGGCUUACACGUGAACUGUAUAUGCAGCAGCCACAGGGCCAGGAGCAGGUGGGGAAGGCAGAAGGGGCGGGUGGGCAGGGGUGGGAGGAAGAGGUUUAUUACUUAGACGAGCAAGAUGAUGUGUCGGAAUACCAGAAACAGCAGUACCAGCAGCAGCAGCAGCAGCAGGCUCCUCCUCGCACCAAGCCUAAACCCCGAGCCUUGGUGACUGGUUCGGCAGAUUGGUCCGGGGACAAUGGGAGCACCACGCUUCUAGACUCCAUAGAGCCUCUAGCUGGUGAUCCGGACGAGGAGGAGGAGGGGGAGGGCUAUGGGGGGUACGAUUGGGGGGAGAUGGAGGAGGGAGAGGAGGAGAAGGAGAGAGAGGAGGCUCGGAGGAGAGGGCACAGACGAACAGGGAGUCUGGGUGGGGGAGGGCGGGGAGGGGGAGAGGGGGAAGGAAACGGAGGAAGGAAGUCGCAGAGACGGCAGGCGUUUAUUCAGAAGCUCAAGGGCCUCGCUUCGCCGCGUUUUAGGGAGGACAAGGCGAAGGCGAGGGGGUGGCAGGGCGGGGACGGGGAGGUGGAGGGGAAGCAGGAGGAGGAGAAGAGGGCAGGGGGGAAGGGUGAGGGGAAGGGGGGGAAAGGAGUGGGGAGGAAUGCAGUGACUCCCGGGACUGGGGGAGGGGGAGGGAUAGUGGGCGGGUGGGGACGCAGUGUCACAGGGGAGAGGACGAGGAGGGAGGCUGAUGCAGUGGUGGCGGCAACAGGGAAGGGCGGAGGCAAGGAGAAGGAGAAGGAGAGGGAAGGGGAUCGGGAGAAGGGGCGGAGGAUGGUAGAGGCGCUCUUAGAUAUGCCCACGCGGAGGGUGGAGUCACCAGCUAGAGGGAAGUCAAGGAAAGAGGUACUGCGGCCAGGGACAGGAGGCGUGGGGGGGCCAGGAGGAGUAUCCGGAGGAGGAGGGGCAGGUGGAGGAGCAGGAGGAGGUGGAGGAGUGGCAGCGGGGGAGGACUCAUUGCGCAAGAGCACAGAGGGUUCGUUCAAAGAAUCAAAGGGCUUGUCGCUGUGGGAAAAGCGCAAGGUAGGAGGGGGAGCAGGGGGGAAGGGAAGCGAGGGAGGUGGGGCAGGAGAGAUCAAGACGCCUAGCUUCCUCCCUAAAGGGCGAGCAGACACGAGGAGCAAAAGCCCUCGCACCAGCAGGACUAAAAGUGGGAAGAGAGACGAGCAGGGUUCUGGGAAGCUAAGUUCCGGGCAGACCGAGAAGAAAAGCUCUUCGCGAACCACCAGCCCGAAAACUUUGAGUCCCAGGACCCCCCGCGGCGACGGGCAGCAGCAGCAGCUGGGCACGGGCAGCACGGAAGGAAUUUUCGAGCGCGGGUUCACUGACAUCCGGAAGAGAUUUGAGGUCGGGCAGCAAAUCGGGCAGGGGCGGCGGGGGGUGUUGGUGUAUAUGUGUGUGGAGAGGCGGACGGGGCGGGCGUAUGCGUGCAAGGCGAUUGACAAGGCCACAUUGGUGGAGCCGAGGAAGGUGGCGGCUGUCCGGGCUGAGGUGGACGUUAUGAGGAAGCUGCUGGGGUGGCCGCAUGUGGUGGGGAUCAAAGACGCCCUGGAGGACGAAAAGUGUGUCUAUAUCUUCAUGGAGCUCUGUUCUGGAGGAGACCUCCUGGACCACAUCAACUCCUCGCCAUUCAUCUCGGAGCGGGAGGCCGCCAUCAUUCUGCGCGUGCUGGCGGAGACGCUGCGGUCGUGCCACAACCACGGCAUCAUGCACCGCGACUUAAAGCCCGAGAACAUCCUGCUGGCGCAGCCCGGGUGCUGGUGGGACCUGCGAUUAGCCGACUUUGGGUUCUCCGUUCAUCUUAAAGCUGGCGAGCGCAUGACCGGCUAUGCCGGUUCGCCCUUCUACAUGGCGCCAGAGGUGCUGGACAGUGUGUACGGGCACGAGGCGGACGUGUGGAGCCUGGGGGUCAUCCUCUACACCAUGCUCUCCCAGAAGCUGCCCUUCUGGGACGACACGGACGCGGGUGUGUAUCGGCAGAUCAAGCGCGCCCAGGUGGACAUGGAGAGCGGCGUGUGGCCGGCUAUUUCCGACGAGGGCAAGGAUUUGGUGCUUGGGAUGCUGUCAGCGGACCCGCACCAACGAAUCACCCUCGACAGAUUGCUUGGUGAGUGGGAAUUUUGUGAAUUUUGUGAGUGGGGCAAGGGUGUAGUGCAAUGGAUGCUUUCAGCAGAAGCUUGA